UUGGACUUUGUCCUUUCCUGCCCUACGGGUGUGUCUCGCUGUCACUUUUCUGUCACACGGAGCUACAGGCGCUACAUGAGAUCUGCUUUGGAGGGGCUCCUUUUCUUUUAGACUGGGCUGAAGGCCGCAGGUGAGGAAUCCCUUCCCAGCAUGGACCUCUCUGCUUUGGAUGUUCCUGCCGAGCUAGUAGCAGUUUUGAAUUCUCCACAGGCGAAAUCAGAUGCACAAGGAACGGGGAUCACAGAGGUGCCUCCACCUCAAGUCAAGGCCCAGGUUGUCUCGUCUCUUCCUCCUGACAUAAACAAUUAUCCAUUCUCCAUCUUCAUUCGCUCGUAUUUCAAGGACCCUACUCUACCACCCUUGGGACAACCCCUCCAGCAUCCUCUUACUCGCGUAUCACAAAGGGAUCAUGGAGUUGCGCUGGAGCUAUAUAAACUGGCCCUGCGUUUUGUGGUAAAUACAACAAUGCCCCCCUGGCAGCAGAGGAUCAUCGGUAACUACAUUGUGGAACGCUGUUUGCGGCAGCCCUCGCUUACCGAUGAGGUGCUCUGUCAAGCAGCGGCUCUUUCAGUGCAGAACAACAAUGAAGAGCAAAGUCAGCGGGUAGGGCUCCUGCUUUCAGGCCUGCUGAGCUGUCUCAUUCCUUCACCAACGUUAGAGAAACCUCUGCUAAAAUACGUCUCCGAUCAAGGCUCUGAAGGGUACAAAGCAAUAUGCCAGAGCAAGAUGCUUAGAGCCAAGCAGACUGAUUUGAAUGCAGUGCGCACCCAUGCUCCGACUCUGCUGGAGUGGACGGCCAAUGAAAGAAAGGGGAAGAUGGUGAUGGACAUCUAUACAUACAGUGAAGAGAAAUAUACAGCAGAAGUGGAUUCUUGGACAACGGCAGAGCAAUUAGCUGCUUGGCUGCUGCAGUCCCGAGGCGUCAGUGAUAACUCCCGUGGUUGGUCUAUAUCCAUUCUUGAUGGGAAUCAGUGGCUUGACCUCUGUGGUGAUGAUUUAUUACUGGAUGUUAUUGCUGAGGUGGAAGAUGGAGCUCCUUCUCAGCCUUUUGGAGCAUCUGAUUACCCUUUUGGAGAUCAUGACAAUAUCCCAGAACCUCCUCCUGAUUUUGCACCACAGCUCCCUUCUGGACAUCCUUCUUUCUCUGCACCUCGAUUACCUCCUCAAUCUGCACCAGUGUUUCCACCAGCACCUCCACCUCCACCAAUUCCUCCAUUUUUUGAAAGAAAUGAUAUUCCAAUUCCACCAGCCCCACCCAUGCAAGCACCAUCUUUGCCAACAGGCACACAAGACAAUGGACUAGACCAGAUGUACUCAUCUGCCAUAAAUGGAGGUCCCCAAGGGAUGGAAAGCUAUUUGGAUCAGCUCUUCAAUCCUGUGUUUUCACCAGCAGAUUUAGAGAGACCUGAAAAUCUCAAUAGGCGCAUGAAAGGUGGUGGAGGCAUUGGACCAACAAGACAAAAUUCUUUCGGUGCUCCUGUCUAUACAGGAAUUGGUUCAAUGCCUUCCUAUGCCAUGCCAAUGAUGAAUGGAGUGAUGCCUGCAAUGGGAAACAUGCAAAUGAUGCCCCCCAAUAUGCAAGCCAUGAUGCCUCAAGCCAUGAUGCCUCAGGCCAUGAUGCCUCAGGCCAUGAUGCCUCAGGCCAUGAUGCCACAGAUGAUGCAUCAGGCGGUGCCCAUGCCCCAGCCGGUGGUGCCUUCUGUGGACCCUGCACAAUUAGCAGCACAACAACAAGCAUUUAUCCAGCAACAGGCUAUACUUUUGGCCCAACAGAUGACACUCCAGGCGACCGUGCUGUCUCAACAGCAACGGCAGAAUCCACCUCGUACUAACAGAGAGCGUUCUCCCCCUCCUAACCCAGCUCCUAAACCAGCACCAAAACCAGCAGAUGUCCCUCCUCCAGCUCCACCUCCAGCUCCAAAAUACAUCCCUGACUCACCUCCAGCCCCUUCUCCAAAAACUGCUCCAAAAUCUAGUCCAUCACCUCAAGUACCCAAGACUCAGCCUCAGAAAUCACAUACACCACCAGAGGUGUACUGGGAUCAAGAAGAUGAAGCAGAGUAUACUUUCCAAAGAGAAACAUUCCAGCAGAAGAGGGACUACUUCCAAAAAAUUGCAAGUGAAAAGAUUCACGUAAAAACAGUCAAACCACCCUCGAAGAUCCUACUUCCAAUUCCAUCAGCAGAGCCUGAGAAUGACAGUGAUGAGGAACCACCAGAACCUCCUGAACCUGAACCUCAGCCAGCACCCACCCCAAAAGUGCCUCCAAUACUGCUACCUCCUGCAAACAAAAGUACAGAGCCUCCCGAGAAAGAGAUAAAGAAAGGGGUUGGUAUGGUCAAACAAGCUCCUAGACCCAAACCCAGUCGAGAGAUAAGUGAAAUAAUCAAGAUGUAUCAAAACCGUCCUCAAUCAGAACCUAAGCCAUUUGAACCAGUCAGGAGAACAGUACACACUUUCGUAAAGAAGAAAGAUCCCAAAGAAGAAGCUCUAGAAAGACUCAGAAAUACGGGGCCCCCGAAAUCCCCAGACUCUCCGGAUUCCCCAGCGCCUCCCCCUCCCCCUCCUCCGCCCCCGACUGAGGAAACAAAUAAGAUGUCCGAUUCUAUUCGAGAAAAACAAAAGCCACUUUUAGGACUGUUUCAGUCUGGGUUAUUUCCUAAUGGUCCAGCAGGACAGUCUCCCAAGGGCACAGGAAGAUCUCUUGAAGGUGAUCACACCACAAGGUCUUCGAUCAGCAAGCACACUGCCAGUGUCUUCUUCUCCUAUAGCGAUGUCAACUGGAGACUUUAUGUUCGGAAGGAGAUCUUCUAUCCCAAAGAAAAAUUCACUCACCCGUACUACCUCAACCUUCUGUGUGAGCAGAUAAUUAUGGACACUUAUUCGGAGACCGGUUUUAAAUUAACUCGGGAGGAAAGGCGGAAGAUGAAAGAUUUGUUAAAUGAGUUUCAGGUUGGAAGUGAGGCCAGCUCUAUCCUAGAAGAUGCCAUCAAGAAACGCAUUGUCAUAGCUGCCCGGGAUAAUUGGGAAAAUUACUUUUCCCGUGUCUUUCCAGCGACUCUGAAUGAUGACACAGACCAGCUCGUCAUAGGAGUUUCCCACCGAGGUUUUAGGGUUCUGAAAGAAGUGAACACAACAGGAAUCCAGCAGAGACAUCUGAAGACUCUGUGCAGUUACAGUUUUGCAGAUAUUCUCUCUAUCGAAAAGUCGGAUUCUCGUACAUUGCGCUUUAGUCUGCGUCAUGAGGAUCUGCAGGUCCGCUCUGACCAGGCUCAGGCUUUGAAGGAUUUGUUAGAAACUUUCCUUCAAGAGCUGAUAAAGGACUCAAACCAUGUGGUCGCACUACGGAGUCAUAUAACAGAUGACAAAAGUCUUCUUCAAUUCAAAAAGGGGGACAUCAUCAAAGUGCUGCCUAUGGAUGGACUGGAGUCAGGUUGGAAAUUUGGUUCUAUGGGGGGACGUUCUGGUCUUUUCCCCUCUCGAUUUGUACAACCAGCCGCUGUCCCAGACUACUACAGCAUGGUGGAGAAGAAGGACAACCAAGAAAAUAGACCUCGACCUCGAGGGCUCCAGAGAACAAUAAGCAAAGAGAGCGCUCCGACAAGCGAGGAGUCCGUACCAACACACAGCCCUUCACCUUCCCCCGUGGAAGCCACACAUUACACUAUGAUUGAGUUUGCACUGAAAUAUUUUCGGGAAGCCCGCAGCAUGCUUGGCUGGAAGGGAAUGGCUGCAGAAGGGAAGAAGGCGGUUGAGUUGGUGCAACACACAAAGGUUCCAAUUCAGGAAUCUUUGAUUUUUUACACCGAUAAAGAAAUGAACGAGCUGGCGACUAAUAACUUCAUGACUCUGAUGAGAUUCAUGAGGGACCAGCAGUACAGGGAGCCGGAUGACGUGAAGUGUAUUUACGAAAUACUAGUGCUCUGCAGAGAAAAACCUUUUCUGAGAGACGAGGUUUACUGCCAAAUUCUGAAACAGAUUACUGAGAACCCUAAACAUGAGAGCUGUAACCAAGGCUGGAUGCUCUUGAGCCUUCUUACUGGAUACUUCCUACCUAGCCCCACAUUGCUGCCAUGUGUUACCAAGUAUCUGCAGGAUACCGAGGGCCAAUAUCAAGAGAUUUCUCGGAACUGCCAGGAACACCUUCGUCACACGCUGCUGUACCAUGGGCGCAAGCACCUGCCCCCGCGCAAAGAACUGGAAGCACUCCUGAAUGGACUAGUAUCUCGAAGACUGGUCAUCAACUUACCCGGGGGAGUAGAAUAUAUAACGAAAGUCAAGACCUUUACAGUUGCAGCUGACCUUGUACCAGAAAUCUGCGAGCAGAUAUUGGUCACAGAAACAAGGGAAGUGGAAGAAUUUGCUGUAUAUGCCAACAAAAAUAAAGGGGAUGUUGUGCGGCCCAUGCGCGCUGGAGACUACAUCCACGACUUUCUCCUCCAAGAUAACUCCGUGACCUUUGAGUUCAGAAGAGUUACAUGGAAAGCCACUUUGAGGGGCCGUAGUGAACUCUAUGUGCAAAUACAUUACAAUCAGGUACGUCAUCAGUACAUGCAAGGAAAAGCCUUGUUACUGAGCCCACCGGAUAAGCUGGAGCUGUACACAGGGAAAGUGGCUGCUACUCUGCAUCGGAUAAAGGGAAUGGUCAUGCCACCAGACAAACAAGAGCUCCUGGGAUACAUUCCUUCCUCAGUGCAGAAUCGUCUGAAUCUACAGGCUGUGCAGCAGGUUCUCCUACAGGAGUUGAGGACUUUGGAGAGUCUGAAUGUCCAACAGGCCAAGGUGCAGUUUUUAGAAACUGUAUCUGCCCUUCCACUCUUUGAAUACAAUGUAUACCCUGUACAAAGGAUCAGCGAGCCUGGCAUUCUCACCCCUUGCUAUGUGGCAGCCAACCAUCAACAACUCCUGAUACUACAGAACAACAGCCAGCAACCAAGCAUGACUGUCAGUCUACAAGAUGUGCACAGUAUGCGCACCAUGCGUCCUCUGGAUAGCAACACAUUUCCGGGAGUGGAGCUGCACUACGGUACACCUGCUCAACCUCACACAUUGUGGAUGGAGCUACAGGAGGCUAAAGAGCUGUACCAUACACUGGCCCUAAUCAUCGAGACCCAGGACACCGCUGCCCACUGAGGACAAAGCCUCUAAAUCUAUUAAUAUAACUUAUUUUCUGGCUAUUAUCUUCCUGAUCUGAAGUAAAUGACCUCCUGUAUAGCUUUGCGCGUGCACAGAACUGGGAAUGCCCUCAGUGUCCAAAGUUGGUCACUGGGCUAGGAUCAGGCGUGCUUAAUCUAUAAAUUCUACUCUUUAAUUUUUAAGCUGACCAUAGACAAUUCUUCUGUAGUCAUCAGAUCUGUAGCUUUCUAUAUAAUUUUAUGACAUCCUAACGUCUAUAGGUUAAUUAUUGCUUAUUAUCCGACCAUAGACAGAAGACUAGUAAUUAGUCCACCAAGAAUGAAUGGCUGGUGAGGCGGGUCCAAUGAAAGGAUGUGAAAAACAGGAAGAAAUUGUCUACAGCUAGAUUAAAGGGGUUGUCCCAAAACCUAAACUUAUUCCCCCACACUAUGAAUUCCUCAUGAGUUGAGUGCUCGAGCAUGUGCAUUGCCACCCCAUUCAUCUCUAUGACAGCUGAGUGCUGUACUUAUCUAGCAGGUCCAUAGAGAAUGAAUUGAGAGGCACUGUCCAUCCUCGACUGCUGUUCCAUUCAUAGGGGAAGAAACAACACCUCUGUUACCAAAUCAUGGAGGUCUGAUCUUGGCAAUCAAACACUUAUCUCCUAUCCUGUGGAUAAGGUUUACGUUUAAAACCUGGGAGAACCUCUUUGAUUUCUCUAUAUGUGGGUGUGGAGCCAUGUCCAAGACCUCUUCAGUUCAUCUUCACAGAACCUUGCUGGUGGAAGGGGGCUCUUACAGAGCACAUGUAAGGUUUAGGAUUAUGGCGCUAAAUUUGGUGUUCAUUGGAUACAGAAAGAGUUGGAGGUGAAGGUGUCUGGCCACAAGAAACGGGCAGCAUCCAGUUAAAAGAUGUUAUAGGGUGCAAGCUGAGGAUACGUGAACCAUCUGUUAAUGUCACAUGGCGCCAGUGGUGGAGCGACCUCCAUUAGACAUUGCUCUAAUAACAACAUUUUAUUAUAUAGAGGUUUCUUACAGUAAUAUGUGUAUAGGCUGAGCUCACAUCCCCGUUCAGCCUUUCCGUUCUCCUGCUCCGUUUAGGAAAGGAUGAAGAAGGCACAUAACUGAGCCAAACGGAGCCUAAGGACCUUA